UGACCCGCGUGUUUACUUCAGAGUCGGGGUCGUCCGCUUCAGCGGUUCGCUCCGAGUGGCAAAAAAACUUUGUAACAAAAUAAUUUCUCGAACGUAAACGCCAGAGCCACUUUGUUUUUUUUGCUUUCCGCGUCGCCCUCGAGUUGCGUUGUUGGCGCCGCGCCAAUAAUAUGGAUAAGCUGAGGCGAGUGCUCAACGGGGAGGAGGAUGAGAACGAGAGCGGCCUGGUCGGGCAGAUCGUGGAAGGAUCCACGCUGAGUUGGGGAACACGCUUGAAGUCCUUCGUUGCGUGUUUCAUCUUCGGAAUCCUGUGCUCCAUCCUGGGCACUGUGUUCCUGUGGUUGAAGAAUGGGCUCAUCCUCUUUGCUGUGUUUUACACGCUGGGGAACAUCUGUGCUCUCUGUAGCACCUGCUUCCUGAUGGGCCCUCUCAAGCAGCUGAAGCGAAUGUUCAAUCCGGCGCGGGCCAUCGCCACCAGCGUCAUGCUGUGCUGUCUGGUGUGCACGCUCUGCUCUGCCUUCUGGUGGAAGAACAAGCCUCUGGCACUGCUCUUCUGUGUCCUGCAGUUCCUCUCCUUGACCUGGUACAGCCUGUCGUACAUCCCCUACGCUCGGGACAUGGUGAAGAAAUGCUUCACGUCCUGCCUGGCUUAACCGCAGUCAAGGGGCCGUCAAACAUUCCCUCCACCACCCCCCGCAAAGCUCACGGAUUGUACCCUCCCACGGGGGCAUCAUCAGCAGCCACGAUCAAUCCACUGCCGAGUGAAGGCCUCACCAAGUCGUCGCGCCACCUCUUUCCGAUCCUACGCACGAGCCGAUCUCGUCGCUCCAUCUCCCCGGGUGAACGUGCUGUCGCCCUGUCGUUAUUGUUGACCGUCGGCCGCCAUCACUUUCCUGCCAUGACGUGUCUUUUGGAGGGGAAGGCCUGCUUACUUCCUUAAAAGUCUUAAUGGUGUCUUUAACCCGCGUACGUUUCUCCCGCUGCGCGUAAAGACAUAGCAGCCAUGCCCAAAUGAACGUAUUGGCGGUACACCAGUGCGCGGAGUGUAAUUUUAUUUUGCUAAUUUUGGCCAAUACUUAUUUAUUUUACCGCGAUUCGCAACCCGAUCAAAAAGUCUUGCCUGGGUGGUGCGUCAACAUCAGUUCUGGUGAUGUCGAAGCAGUUGUAAGGCGAAUGUCCGUUGAAAUUUAGAUUUUAGACUGGUGUGUUAUGCUGCACCGGUGUACCGCUAAUACGUCCAAAUGCUGGUUUGGACAUCUGCUACGUGCUUCAAGGGAAACUUGCUUACAGACGCCAAUGAAGCUCAGUGUUCUGUCGCCUUAAUAACGGUUGUGUUUUAUAGGCUUAUGCUGCAGUGUCAGAUAUGUUGAGCUGCAUGCAGCACAUAUACUCAGAAGGCCCGGGCUCUGCAGGGCUCGACGAAUCAACGAGGUUCAUUCUUCACACUGACUGUGGUGUUUAGUUCAGCUUUGCCGAUUCGUGCUGUCUGAAAGUGGCCUUUAAUGACGUCGCGCCUUUAGAUAAUCAUGAUUGAUUCCACACACACAAUGUUAGACAUUUAUACGUGAAUGGUUUUUCGUGGCUGUACAGAAAGGCACACAAUGUUACAUUUUCACUGAAAAAGCACACAUUUAAAAGUUACAAAAAAUGUUGAGGUGACUGGGUGGAUCAGAGCAUUUAAGUACUGUGCCAGCAAUGCUAAUUUCUUGGGUUCGAAUCUAGGUUCACAAGUACAGUGAGUUAAUGUUCUCAGCCUGGUCACCAAAAACGGCACAAAACAUCGCAUUGAAUUCGAUUUUGCACAUAAUUUGGCUAAAUGUCGGCUAUGAUAAUACAAAAUAUCGCUCUGUCACGCGAUGAGCAUCACUCAAAUUGGCAGAGUGGGUGAAAAAAUUGGUUCCCACUUCCGCAUACACCAGAGGUCACUUAAGGGGAUCUAAGCGGUAGCUCUCCGAUGUCCGCUUCUGUGGGCCGUUCUCUAACACGAAGGGUCGCACUGCUGUGCGAGAGAUCGUUUGGAUACUUUGUCUCACGACACAAUGGCGGUUGCACAGUCGGGAUAAUAUGUGUCAAAAUAAAAAAAACGGUGUACAAACAUCAAAUAUAAGAAGUAUUUAGGACAUGUUGCCUUCUUUUUGUAACGAGGAAUCCAAAAAAAUACAAAAAGCAGAGUGGCUUUAUUUUUACGGUAUAUUUUUCAUGAAGGCCUUUUGAGCGCUGUUUAUAUUUCUAUGUGCACAAUAUUUGUAGAAAGGUAUUUUAAUAACUUGCUGCGAUGCAUUUUGAAUAAUCUUAAAGAUAUAUUGAGCUCAUCGAUGCGAGUGUUGUCAAUUCACCAGCUACGAAUACGCGAGAGGAGCUUUGCUUUCAAAGGCUGGGGGUAACCUCUUCUGCGGGGGAGAAUAUUCGUGUAACAAUCGGCAGCACAAACUGGGACAUCGAAACGCUGUACACCACAACCACAAAAACCGACGCAGGAGUGUAUAACGUAAGUCGAUCAUUUGCGUAUAAUUUGCAUCGUGUAAAUACUGUAGCAGAUGGGUGCAUAUUGAGCCUGUGAAUUGUAAUCGAUGAGACUAUAUUCGUACAUGCCGAAUAGUUUGGGCUUUGGCCAUCCAGUGGUUUAGUAACACGUGAAAUUUCUUUGCGCUGAUUAGCUUGCCAAGGAACUGUUCGUUACAGUCCUCUCAAUGGUAACUGCUUAUUUGCUUUCACAUUCACACACUUAGCGGUGUUAAUCUCUAUUUUAACUACUUACAUUGUUGUUUUCACCGUAAUUAUUUCUGUUGCAUUAUGGUGUUCCUUGUACGUUGAUGCCAAAAUCACGUCGUUCUUAAAGUGCGGUAGUUUGUAAAGUGUUAUUUUGUAAAUGCCUCAUGUUAGAAACAAGUCAUUUACGCCUCAUUGAAAGAUCACUAAGGGGUGCCAUGGUGGCGAGGUGUUAACUCCCUCACCUGGUAUGCAGGAGGUCGUGGGUUCAAUCCCGACUCUGAUGCCUGCUGUAUAUUUGGAGUUUGCAUAUUCUCCCCAUGGUUGCGUGGAUUUUUCUCCAGGUUCUCCGGUGUUUCACUCCAUAUUUAGAAACAUUCGUUUAGAGUAUUUGGCCGCUAUAAAUGUCCACAUGAUAAACCGCAACUUGGUUAAGCUAUCAUUUGUGGCCAGGUCGCUUCUGAAAAAUAGCUCUAUCGCUCAGUGGGGCCUUACCUGGUAAAACAACAAUAGUUUAGUUUAGUACUGUAUUCAUGUCGUGAGCAUCGCUAAGCACUACAGCUCAAGCACACGCAGUGAUCCAGUGCCCUAGACGCAGCCAUCUAGAGCAAGCAGCUGAGUGGUCAUCAUCAUCGUCAUCAUCAGCCAUGGUCAAUCCCUGAUGCACAAAGGCCUCCCCAAACCGCGGCCACCUCGCGCUUGAGCAAUCCCAACGAGCACCUUGCACAAGAGAUCGGGAAAAUACUCGGAAUAUGAUACGUGCGGCAUUAGUCUUGCAAACAGCGGACUGCUGGGCACUAUCCAGUUGUGUGCGGGUUUUAUCUGCUAGAUCACUUGUUAUACGUUCAAUCCAUGCGUAGGACUACUUCAUUCACCCGCAGGCGUUCUGCCAAAUAUUUUCCGUUCAGCGACGUUUACACACUCGCAUGCCAACUUUCGCGUGCUGACCGCACACGUUUAGGAGUGCCCGUUCGUGAAAAGAGCAAGCCACGUUAGCUGAGGCUGCAGGUGGUCCCCCUUAUCCCCUUCUUAAUUUGCACCCUUAUCGAGAAUAUGGAAUGUGGGGAAUGAUAAUUGAUUUUUUAAUAAUGGUCCCUGACCUCCACGGCGCAGUAGACCUCCCCGGAGUGUUUUAUUCAGUCGUGGAAACUAGCAGCAACUCGUUAGUCCCGGACUGGGUGGACACCGGGCCAAGCAGUACGUCGAUUGUUGCUUCAAGCCCGGCGGCCUCUCUGGUUAAUGCAAAAAAAAUAUUUCUCAAAUCAGCAUCAAGGCAGUGCCUGUCUCCCGUUUACAGCCAUGAGAAAAAUUGGACGCUCCACAUUUCUAUGGCGAAGGUGAUUAAAUCCGUAGUCGAACCACCUACCAAAAACAAAAAAUGUGUACUAAUUUCAUCGAACCAAGUAAACCUCCAGCCUGGAUUUGAACUCGCUUCCUUCCUAUUGCGGCCCGCUUGCUGUGCUGCUGAGGCACGUGGCCGGUGUAAUGCUGUCGGGGUAUUGACCCUAAAUAUGCACCGUCUGCCUCGCACCGGCCACCGAUGACUGCACGCCCCAAAACAAAACCCGACGCAUUCCAAUGUGGUUUCUGCAUGCACUUAAUUUGGCUACAACUCCAGCCUCGCCGAGCGUUCAUCUCGCGUGGCAGUGCUGGUGGCAAUUUGGUGUUGCACCUACCGCCCGGUCACUUGACCGGAUUCCCCCGGGGGGGAGGGGGGGGUAGUUUUGUGGUAUCCGCUUCCGUGGGCCGUUCGCUGACGCGAAAGAAAAAGCCGUGCGGGAGAUGCGGACGGAUGCUUUGCUUUGUCACGCGGGACCAAUGGCGCUGUUGGGACGAAAUGGUCGGGGAAAGUUUCAGGAGCGUUUCGGUGGUGACGUUGCCGAGCCCGGGUGCAGUUUGUCCAGCCGAAAACGUAUACGAGAACAACAUUCCAGGAGCGCGCGUCCACAAGCUCGCGAUCGCAGCCGUAUUGUUUGAAAAUGAAAAUGUUUGUUACAAGUUACCGUUUAUUGUGCACCCACCGAAGGCGGACCGCUUCGUACUCGAUCCUCACCCACCUUUGGUGUGAUCACGUAACGAUUGCCGCUUUAGUCUUGGGAGCGGCCGAGGAUGUGGAGCAUCGCACCUGCUUUAAGAAGUGCAGCGUGCCGCCAUGCUGCGUCGUCGUGCGCGCAUCGAUUAGGGGUUUGGCAACCCGGUGGGUGUGCCGCGCACGACGAUUGACCGGACGUUUCGCUCCGCUUGCUGGGAGCUUCUUCAGGAAAGAAAAACCAGAACAGGCACACGGGAGCGAUAUGCGGCGCGGCCGAGGAGGCAGUGUGCGUGUGUUGGGUAUUCAAGGAGGCAGCUGCACAGCUUGACACGUGGUGUGUAAGUCCACGCCUGUUUUGGAAGUGCACCCCAAGUUGAACGCACAUUUGUGGUGAGACCCAGUGGCAUAAAUAAUGCAAAAAGGCAGUUAUGCUCUUGACGUGGGAUGUUCAACCUGGGCAGGAGUAGAGAAUUGAGUAUUUGACAACUUUGUAUAAAAACACUUUGUAUAGUUUACAUUUGUGGUUGAAUUUAAUAUUUGAAAGCUAACAAGGACCUUGUUCUCUGGAUUAUCGCCCCCCCCCCCCCCCCCCCCCAUUUUAAAGCGACAUUUAUGGUGCGGCUUAUAAUCCGGUAGAGGGUGGAGGGUGAGAAAGACCUGAUUUGUAUAAUUUUAUUUGACACGGAGCACAAGUUUGGAGUGAGUCGUAUCCUUUUAGGAGCGUCUUGCAAUCCAGAACUUAUAGUAGCUGUCCACAUAGGAGCCUUUGUUAAAUUUGAGUGAUAAUUAAGGAUAGUUUGCCUUCAACGGAACUCUAAUUGUUUACCUAAGGUUUUGUUGUUAUGGUCAAUGUAAGCUUUGUGUAGUGUGAAGUGCUGGAAGUGAAUAUCGUGAUGGGCAGAGUUGAGGCCUGAAUGGAUGAUUUGAUUUCCUAUAAUUCGGUUUAUUUUAUUACCAUGAUUCGCCAAACUAAGUCGGGUUACACUUUUGCUGUAAUAAUCACAAGUUGAUUCUACAUUUUCAGUUAAAGCGAUUAUGAUCAACCUUGCAUUGAUGUUUUUACAUCGCUUGCCGUGUUUUUUAUAAAUUAUUUUUUGGGGGGUUCCAUAUGUCCGUUCGCAAUCGAGCAGAAAACAAAUUAUUCUCCCAUGCUUUUCGCGCAAUCAUUUUACCAACGGGAACGCGUUCGAACGUGCCUCUGCAAGAAAAAACAACAGCUCCAAUUUCCCCGUUGUAUUCGCCUCCUCCGCUCACCUCUCGCGAGGCCCCAGAGAGUUGCUACUGUGAGCCCUGACAGAGCGCGGUCGAGUUUAGGUCUGCCCGGUCCACCGCCCGUGUCCACAAAUGCGCACCCACCCUCGUUUCGCGAAGAUUUUGUUGCUGAUAAUCCGUCGGGGGGCACCCACCGUUGGCACAAAUUAUCCCCCCAAAAAAAUCCCAAUUCCCUGCAGCGGUUGUCAAGUGGUGGGUUGUGUCAAAGGAUGUUUAAUCUUCACCCUCAAUGUUAUUCUUCAACAGGCGCCGGACCAAGAGAUCACAGACGCGCGCGUUCGUUCGUGUGUCUGUGUGUGUGUAGCGGUUAGCGCGCUACGCUACGAACCCAGCGAGUGAUUCCUGCUCAACGCCAACACUAUUGACGAUUAUCUAAACCGGUCCUGAGCCUCCUCUAGGUUGACUCGGCCUCAAUUGAGCACCUGCGGUGUGGAAAAUAUCGCCACUGGGGAGACAAAAGCGGCCGGGCGUGGUGCUAGCCACCCACACCCUCCUGUGCCUUCAUAGGUGCUCUCCAAACAGCCCUUACCCCAACAGUCUGUUUAAGGAUAUACGGGAAGUACUUGCCUUCACAUGCCAUACCGAUGUACCAAUUUCCAUAAGACACGACGCUUUAUACACUUUACACCGUAACAAUUCCGUGUACCUGCUCGUGCUUGUCUUUACCACCUCUGCAAUGUCGCAUUGGGUAUAUUUAUUUAAUUUUCCCUCCCCUAUCGUUACUUCCCGCUAGUCGGCGGCUGUGUUGGGAAUGCCGAUGUUUUCACGAGUGCCUGGUUCGGGUUGUGUUAUUUGCCACUCGUUGUAGUUACACUCGGCCAUUUGUGCCAUUGUUACUUUUUAACGAGCCGAGGGUUGUUGUUGUUGUUCAAGCCGGGCCAGCAACAUGCCAUAAUUCACCUUCGUUGCACGUUCUUGUAAAAUAGCCAUUAGCAAAAUAAAUACUUUUAAGCAAUCUG